AUGUCUCUUGGGACAGGACUAAGUACCCUCAGCUUGCUCUUGGGGGCUUUAACAGGGUGUUUCUGUGAACAGUGCAGGGAAGGGGCCAAGUACUCUGAUGCGAUCAUCUCACCCAAUCUAGAAAUGACUAAAAUUAUGCGGGUCCCCCACGCCGUCUCAAUGGCAGACUGCACAGCAGCCUGUUGUGAUCUUUCUGACUGUGACUUGUCCUGGAUGUUUGAGCGGCACUGCUACAUUGUCAACUGUCAGCAUAAAGGAAAUUGCGAGCCCAAGAAAAUGGAGAAGGUGAAGUCCUAUUUGACCUUUGUGCUCAGGGCUCCCCAGAGACCGGUGGCCUUGCUGGGGUACAGGCAGAUGCCAUCCAACGUGAUCCGCUCUAUGACGCUGCAAGAUGAACCAUCGGAGGAAGCAAGCAACCUAAAGGAACUGUCUUUCCUCAGCAAGGAGCACAGUCUUGACGAAGUAUCGGACUACCCGGAUGAGUACGGGGACAUGGAGCAGAACCCCUUUCAGCCGAGCAUCAAGCAGAAGGAGAAGGAGGAUGUUAACUAUGCCGGCUGGGGCUUGAUGGCUCCCAAGGAGAAUGGCUUCAAUUCCUCAGGGGCCAGUAAUGGAGACAGACAGGAAGAUCUGGCAGAUAGCAUGGAUGAGAAAGUUACUCUGGAGAAGCCAGCCAAUAUGGAUGGAUCCGAGGGGUACCUUGUCACAGACCAUCCUGAAGAGUUGCCAGUUAUUACGUUGGGCCCAGUGGAGAAAUCUGCAAAUGAGUUAGAUCUUCAACUCCCUAAUGAAGCCAACAGUACUUGGUGGGAAGAGGUUCUAACACCUUCCCAUAAUCCUCCUCCUUCAGACAUCCUGGGAUCUCUUUCCACUGUCUCAGCACAGACUCAAACAUCUGACCUAGGUGAACCAAUACAAGAUGAAGUCCCAUCUGCUCCCAGCCGUGCUGUCAUCACUCAACCCCCCGCCAGAGAUGAAGUGCGAUUUCCCACUGCUCCUGCUAAAUUAGUAAAAGAUCUUCUGGUGUCUGCUGGAGAAAAUCUUCAAAUAACUUUACCAAAGAAUGAAGUCGAAUUGCAUGCAUUUGUGGUUGCACCAUCACUUUCAGAAGCAUCCUGCAGCUACGAGUGGAGCUUGAUCGGUCACCCGGAGGAUUAUGAUGGUGAAAUGGAGGGCAAGCACACGGCAACCCUGAAAGUUUCUCAACUGCCAGCAGGUACCUAUCUCUUCAAAGUGACUGUUUCAGCUGAGAAUGCAUUUGGAGAAGGGUUUGUAAAUGUCACUGUCCAACCAGCAAUCCAUGUAAAUCAACCACCAGUUGCUAUUGUGUCCCCCAAAGCACAGGAGAUUUCUUUUCCUACCACAUCUACUUCUAUUGAUGGAAAUCAAAGUAGAGAUGAUACCAAAAUAGUGAGCUACCACUGGGAAGAAAUUGAAGGACCCUUGAGAGAAAUGAAAGCAUCAGCUGAUACACCUGUUUUGCACCUGUCUAACCUUGUUCCUGGCAACUACACUUUCAGGCUAAUAGUCAUUGACUCUGAUGGAGCAACUAAUUCUACUCUAGCUUCUUUGAGAGUCAACGAACAAGUGGAUUAUCCUCCUGUUGCCAAUGCUGGACCAGAUCAGGAAAUUAGUAUGCCUCGAAACUCCAUCACACUGAAUGGAAACCAGAGCAAUGAUGAUCAUGAGAUCAUCAGCUAUGAGUGGUCCUUGAGCCCGAAAAGUAAAGGCAAGGUGGUCGCAAUGCAGGGAGUGAGGAGUCCAUAUCUCCAGUUGUCUUCAAUGCAAGAAGGAGACUACACCUUUCAGCUGACGGUUACUGAUUCUGCUGAGCAACAGUCCACAGCCGAAGUCACAGUGGUAGUCCUGCCCGAAGAGAAUAGCCCUCCGCGAGCCGUGGUCGGUCCAGACAAAGUGCUGACAUAUCCUGUCAGGAGCACUGUUCUUGAUGGAAGCAGGAGCACUGAUGACUUAGGCGUCGCUUCCUAUCACUGGGAAAAUGCCAGUGGCCCCAGCUCGUUGCAAAUGGAGAACGCGGACAGCGCAGUAGCAACCGUCACAGGUUUGCAGAUUGGAACCUAUCGUUUCAGACUGACCGUCAAGGAUGAUCAAGGACUUAGUAGCACCGCUACAAUUUCCGUGACUGUUAAGGAGGAAAGCAACCGUCCACCCAAGGCUCAUGCAGGAGGCAAACACCUUCUUGUUCUGCCCAAUAACUCGAUUGCUUUGGAUGGUUCACGCUCUACCGAUGACCAAGGAAUUGUAUCUUACCUUUGGAUUCGGGAUGGGCAGAGCCCAGCAGCUGGAGAUGUGCUUCAAGGCUCCGACCAUGAGGCAGUACUGCAGCUAACAAAUCUUGUAGAAGGGAGCUAUACUUUUCACUUGAAAGUCACCAAUGGCAAAGGCGAUUCAGACAUCGACACCGCUUUUGUGGAAGUGCGGCCUGACCCUAUGAAAAGUGGCCUGGUGGAACUGAUCUUGCAAGUGGGUGUUGGCCAGCUGACUGAACAACAGAAAGAAACUCUCGUGCGACAGCUGGCGGUGCUCCUGAAUGUCUUAGAUUCAGACAUUAAAGUGCAGAAGAUCCAGGCUUAUUCUGAUACCAGCACAGCUGUUGUGUUCUAUGUUCAGAACGGCCACCCUUUCAAAGAGAUAAAGGCUUCAGAUGUUGUGCAGAAGCUACAUUUAGAGCUCUUGAAGGAAAAGCCAGACUUCUUGCUUUUUAAAGUGCUUCGUAUUGAUACAGCCGCUUGUCUCUUAAAAUGCUCUGGACAUGGAAAUUGUGAUCCCAUCACCAAGCGAUGCAUCUGCUCUCAACUAUGGAUGGAAAAUUUGAUACAGCGGUACCUAAACAAUGGGGAAAGUAAUUGCGAAUGGAGUGUGCUUUAUGUAACCGCAUCUGCCUUAAUUGUGAUCAUGCUGCUGGUGGCAUUAGCCUGGCUCUGUAUCUGCUGUUGCAAAAGCAGAAAGAGGACCAAAAUAAGAAAGAAAACAAAAUACACAAUUUUGGAUAAUAUAGAUGAUCAAGAGAGAAUGGAACUCAGGCCCAAAUAUGGUAUAAAGCAUAGAAGUACAGAGCACAAUUCCAGCUUGAUGGUUUCAGAGUCCGAAUUUGACAGUGACCAGGACACCAUCUUCAGCAGAGAGAAGAUGGAAAGGGCAAACCCAAGGAACAUCCAGAAUGGUUUGGUUAAAAAUGGCGUCUCCUUCAGCUACAGCUCAAAUGGCAGAUAA